AUGAUUCUGCCUUGCAAGAGCCCGCCCGACCAGAAAACCCCGGCCGGCAUCCCCUAUAAGCUGGGCUUUGAGGCUUUACCCAUUUGCUCCAACAUCAACCCUCGUGGCGAUGAGCUCUGUAACGCCAGUCUGCAUAGACAAGGGACCAAGGCCCUGACCUCGACCGAAGUGCCACGGCCGUUCGGCCAGCUCGUACAAGUCAGCGACCGUGCCAGAAUUAAGAAGUUUUUUUUUUUUCAUUAA